AUGGGACUCUUGGAUUUACACUGGAAAGGCAAAUCUAAAGCCGCUCCAUCCUCCACAACCAACAGCAUUACUAGUAUCUUCACGCGAACACAACAGCCAACUCCCACAGCCCUGGAACGUGUACAAACAACUUACCUGAGCAUCCCCCAAGCUUCAACUUCAGGUUCUAGCUCCAGGUCCAGAUACCCACAGCCGGAAUACUCUGAGCCCGAGACUAUCAAGACCCAUUGGAAAUCACAUCGAGACGAGAAACUCAUGUACAGAAGCAUGAGAUGUGAACACCAAAUCAGCUGUGGCUUGAAUACCUCUGAGUGCUGUGCUUGUCUUGACCGGAGACCAUUGAAGAGAGAUUACUUCAUCUAUAAAGAUGGGAGGGGUCUGGUGGCUGAGGGGCCGAGGUGGGUAGAUUACUGCCCUGGAUGCAAAGCAUACUGGGCCAAACGACAAGGGAAAGGUAUCCCUGAUCCCUCGUCUCCAAGCAAAGCGAGUGCUGGGGAAAGUUCCAGGGCUGUAGUCCCAUCUUCAAGCUCAAGAAGCGAAACUACCCGUCGCAUACCAGAGCAGCAGCAACAACCACAGUCGCAAGGAGAGUUGAACGAUCCACCACCGCCGUACUCAUCUGCCUUGUCAGAUGGAUGGGAAAUCCUGCCAAGGUACCAAGAAGCGGAUCAGGAAUAUGGUCACCAAACUUGA